UGUGGCUCAGAUUGCAUUUCCUGUUGGUGACUGCAGUAAUGGGAGCAGUUUGGGCCUUGAUUGUUGCUGUGCUGGCUGUCUGGUUUACCAAAGGCUCUGGUUUGCCUGCUGGUGACACAAAUGAAAUAAGUGGUAAUUGGUCACAGAGGACAAUGAGAGAUCUGUCUCCCACUGAACCCUCCAUAAAGAAGGUCCUUAAACUUCACCAAUCACAUGAGUCUGUGUUUCUGAAGAAGUCAAAAGAAGUCCGACUGGAAACCAAUGAAGUGGAAGUGACUGCAUCGGGCGUCUACCUGAAAGUUGUUGAACAUGCGCAGAACAGAGGCCGCAAGGGCAGCAGCAACAUGGGCCCUAACGGUAGAGUGAGUGACGACGCGGCCAGAAACGGCACCCUAUGGGACGACGGCAACACAGGCAACAACGGCACACUAGGCGACGCAGGCAACCGCACAGUGGGCGACGACACAGGCAGCAACAACGGCACCCUAUGGGACGCAGGCAACAGCACUGUGGGCGACGACACAGGCAGCAACAAUGCCACCCUUGGGGACGCGGGCAACAGCACUGUGGACGAUGACGCAGGGAACAACGGCACCCUUGGGGACGACGGCAACGCAGGCAACAACGGCACCCUUGGGGACGACGGCAACGCAGGCAACAACGGCACCCUUGGGGACGACGGCAACAACGGCACACUAGGCGACGCAGGCAACAACGGCACACUAGGCGACGCAGGCAACAGCACUGUGGGCGGCAACGCAACUGCGGCGCUCCACAGGCCAAGUGAGAGUAGGCGUGCGGUGCCGGCGUGGGUGGGGAGGGCGGCUAUGCCGGCAACAACUUCACCCAGGGUGACAAUACGGGCAAGAACUUAAAAUAAAAGUUUCCUUU